AUGGGCAUCAGCGAGUUCGUGAGCUCGAGCACCUUCACCGUCGGCGGCUACGACUGGAACAUCAUGUUCUUCCCAGACGGGAACAAGAAGGAGCACGAAGUUCAUAGUAUUGUUAGGGGGCCUCUCUUUUUAGUUACGCCCCGGGCCACCAAAAACUCAGGACCGGGCCUGCACUUCCUGUUCCUCAACGAUGACUCCCUCACCAUCAGGUGUGUUCUAACUGUCUUCAAGUCCCGAACUGAAGAUGUGAACACAAUCAUCAGUGCCCCACCGGCAAACUUGCACCGAGAUCUUGAGCACAUGUUGAAGGAUGGCAAGGGCGUCGACGUCACAUUCGACGUAGAUGGCCACCUGUUCCAUGCCCACAGGUGCGUACUGUCUGCAAGAUCACCUGUCUUCGAUGCGGAGCUCUUUGGCCCACUGAAUAAGAAUAAUUCUGCACAUCCUGUUAAGAUCAACGACAUGGAUCCUACCAUAUUUGAAGGGCUUCUUCACUUCAUAUACGCCGAUUCCCUGCCAGAUUGCUGCGACUCUAACGAAAAUACGACAAUGCAGCACUUGCUAAUUGCUGCGGACAGGUACGGACUUGACAGGCUGAGGGCGUUGUGCGAAGCCAAGCUAUGCCAGGGCAUUGAUGUGCAAACGGUUGCCACCACCCUAGCUUUGGGGGAGCAGCACAACUGUGAACGACUCAAAGAUGCCUGUCUCAGAUUUAUUGCCUCAAGGGACGUGCUUAGUGCUAUCAUGGAAACGGAUGGGUUCAGACAUCUCAAAGAAAGCUGCCCUUUGAUCCUCGAGGCGAUUUCAGAGAAGAUUGCCACAUUCAGGAAGAGGAGGACCAGUAUGCAGCAUCUCCGAUGA